GGGAAGAGUCCGGAGGCUUAGGUUGGCGGUUGCGCCUGGAGUUCUAGGUUGUCUGUCCAGCUGGCGAAGGGGAAGGGAGAAGAGGCUGUAGCUGACGAGGGCAAGCAGCCAAACGAAGCUGGAGGGAGAAGCCUUGGCAAAGUUCAGAGUGGCCAAUGAGCCCUCCUCGCGUCUGUCUUGGGUCUCCACCACUCCACUGAGGUUCUCCCACAUUGGAGAGCCACAGCCGCAGGUGAGCUUAAGAGACCUGGAGCAGCUGAUGAAACUACGGAGCUUGGAAGCGCUGGAGAGACUGGAGGGGCACUUCGGAGACGUGUCGGGGCUGUGUCUGCAGCUGCAGACGGACCCCGAGCUCGGACUCCCCUUAGAUCCCGGCGAGCUAAACCGCAGGCGGGAGCAGUUUGGCACCAAUGAGGUGCCCAAGCCCCGGAGCAGAUAUUUCUUGGAGCUGGUGUGGGACGCUCUGCAGAACACUACUCUAAUCUUUCUGGAGGUGGCAGCUGUCCUGUCGCUGGCCCUGGCCUUCUAUGAGCCCAAGGUCAGCGGAGACACCAAAGGCUGCUAUGUCGGCGGGGUCUCCCCGGAGGAAGAGGAUAACAAGGUGGUGCGCUGGCUGGAAGGCGCAGUCCUGCUGAUGUCGGUGGCCUUGGUAGUGCUCAUCACAGCCUUACACGACUGGAACAAGGAGAAGCAGUUCAGGAAUCUGGAGGAGGGAGUGAGCCUGAGUCAGAAGGGCAAAGUGAUGAGGAAUGGCCAGAUCCUGGAGGUCCCCGUCAAGGACAUCGUGGUGGGUGACGUGGUCCCGGUGUCCUAUGGGGACAUGCUGCCUGCGGACGGUGUGCUGCUCCAGGUGCAGAACUUAAAAAUGAAUGAGAGCUCCUUGACUGGAGAGUUGAACAUGGUGAGGAAGUCCCUGGAUCUUGACCCAAUUCUUCUGUCUGGGACCUAUGUGAUGGAGGGCUGGGGCAAAAUCCUCGUGACUGCUGUAGGGCCCAACUCACAAAUUGGGAUCAUCCUGACUUUGCUCGCUGCCAAUGCUCAGGAAGGAAGGCCGGAAGAGCAGAGAAAGGUUCCGGAGUGGGCCAUUCACGGCAAGAGCAUAAUAAAACCUAAACAUUACUCCUCCAAAGCAAAGUCCGUGCUGCAAAAGAAACUGACAAAAUUAGCCAUUCUGCUCGGGAAGUGCGGAAUGCUCAUGGCCACAGUCACAGUGAUUACUCUUGUGACCUAUUUUGUGAUUAACACUUUUGUGAUUGAGAGGCAAAAAUGGACUUAUGGUUGUACUUCGGUUUAUAUCCAAUACUUUAUUAAAUUUUUCAUUAUUGGAAUAACAAUCUUGGUGGUGACUGUCCCUGAAAGUCUUCCACUUGCAGUUACACUAUCUUUGGCUUACGCAGUAAAGAAAAUGAUGAAAGACAAAAAUCUGGUAAGGCAUUUGGAUGCUUGUGAGACAAUUGGAAAUGUCACAACCAUUUGCUUAGACAAAACUGGAACACUGACCAUGAACAGAAUGACUGUGGUCCAGGCUUAUAUUGGGGAGAAUCAUUACCAAGAGCUCCCCAAAAGCAAUUCCAUCCCAGAGCCUAUUCUGGGGUACCUUUUAAAAGGUAUCGCUGUUAAUUGUUCUUAUUCUUCCAAGGUCAUUUUCCCCAAAGAUGGUAAGAAGUUGGUACAACAAAUUGGCAAUAAGACCGAAUGUGCUUUAUUGGGAUUUCUUCUGCAUUUGGAAUUGGAUUAUGAGGCAGAAAGAAACAAAAUACCACAGCAGAAUUUGUAUAAGGUAUAUACCUUUAACUCAGAUAGAAAAUGCAUGAGUACUGUAUUAAAAUUGCCCAAUGGGGGUUUCCAGAUGUUCAGUAAAGGUCCUUCAGAAACAGUAUUAGAUAAGUGUUGUAAAAUCCUGAACAAAAUGGGAAAGCCUGUGGAACUGACAGAAACCAAAAAAAGAGAAAUUGUUCAAAAUGUCAUCGAGCCAAUGAGUUCUGAAGGACUUCAGAUCAUUUGUUUGGCCUUCAGAGAAUUCUCAGAUAAAGAAAAAGAACCAGACUGGGAAACUGAAGAGAAUAUCAUCACAAAACUUACUUGCAUUGCCGUGGUGGGCAUUGAAGAUCCUGUUAGACCUGAGAUUCCAAGUGCCAUUAGGAAAUGCCAGCAAGCUGGAAUCACUGUCCGAAUGAUCACUGGGGAUAAUCUCAAUACCGCACGGGCUGUAGCAUUGAAAUGUGGCAUUUUGAACCUCCGUGACAAUUAUUUGUCCCUAGAAGGUAGAGACUUCUGGAGGCUAAUACAUGAUAAACACGGGAAGAUCGAACAGAAGCUUUUAGAUAGAAUUUGGCCCAGACUUCGUGUGCUUGCCAGUUCUUCCCCCAUUGAAAAAUAUGCACUUAUAAAAGGCAUAAUUAACAGUGAUGCUUUGGGAGUGAAGCAGGUUGUAGCUGUAACAGGUGAUGGUACUAAUGAUGGCCCAGUGUUAAAAGUAGCAGAUGUUGGGUUUGCCAUGGACAUCAUUGGAACAGAUAUCGCUAGAGAAGCGUCAGACAUCAUUUUAAUGGAUGACAACUUCACAAGCAUUAUGAAAGCGAUUAUGUGGGGGAGGAACCUUUAUGACAACAUCUCCAGGUUCCUCCAAUUUCAGCUGACUGUCAGCGUAGUGUCAACGGUUGUGGUAUUUAUAGGAGCAUGUGUGACACAGGAUUCGCCACUUAAUGCAGUACAGAUGCUGUGGAUCAACCUCAUAAUGGAUGCAUUUGCUUCCCUUGCCUUAGCCACUGAAAAACCAACUGAGGCACUUUUGCUAAGACCUUAUGGAAGGAAGGAGUACCUCCUAUCCAGUUCCAUGGUAAAGUACAUUUUGGGCCAUGCAGCCUACCAGCUUACAGUCACUUUUGUUCUUAUGUUUGUUGGUGAAGAGCUCUUUGGUUUUGAGAGUGGAAGAAAAGCUCUUCUCCAUGCUCCUCCUUCCACCCACUAUACGAUGGUAUUCAACACUUUCGUUAUGAUGCAGCUUUUCAAUGAAAUUAAUGCUCGAAAGAUUCAUGGAGUGUGUCCCAAAUUAUGCAGUGACUAUGACAGCCAAUGGCACGAUAGAGAUUUUUCCUUCCCCCAAAUUUUAUUUAUUUUUAAUACCCUUCUCUAAGUAAAGCUGCAAAUUCACUCCUUCAUCCUUUCUCAGAUAAAACGUUUUACAGUGAAUAUGAAGCCCGUUACCUGCAAUGACAGAAACAAAUGAAAUAUCUUAAGAGAUGUUCUUUGGUAAUGGACAAUGGGAACAUGGUCAGAAACACAUGGAUUGAAUGGAGAGGUAAUGCAAGAAAUAUCUAAGGGAACAACUGAGAGGCACUAUUUAUAAUGUUUUCACUUUUUGCAUUUUCUUUUUAAAAAAAAAAACAGCCUCAUGGGUAAAGAAUAAAUGUGUGCAUUAAUAUUUGUUGUUAAUCACAAGAUUGGGUUAUAUGUAUUAUAAAGGAUAAAAGCCUGUUGAGAAGGUAUGGAUUCUAACUAUUCCUGUUCAGCUGUUAAUAACAAAAAUUCAGUCAGUAAACUUCAACCUUUAAAUAUUGUUAUAUUUAGAGGAAUAGGGAGUUUCCUUGGAACUUGUAUUGACUCCUUCCUUGUAUAUUAUAUAAAAAUAAUAAAUGCUAUUACAAAAACAUAGGUAACAUGAGUACUUUGUAAAAAUACAAGCAGUUGUGAUCUA